AUGGCUACCCUUAAGGUCCACGGCGGCAGCGCCUUUCUGAACUGGAGAGCCACCACGCCGUGCUUGUAUGUGACUGCUGAGAGUGACGACUUUGACGACUCCACCCUGCAGGCAUGGCGUGACGAGGGUUUCGACGUGCACUAUCUGCCCUUUGGCGACGGCGGCAAGCAAUAUGUCAAGACGCUGCACUCGCUCAAAGACGGCCUCGGCGUAGGCGGCACGUAUGCCAUAGUGGCCUUCGGCGAUGCCGCCUCCGUCUGUCUCGAGACCUUCAUUCGCCAGGACCUGAAGCUCAGCGCGCUCGUCGCCUACUACCCUUCGUCUAUUCCCGACCCCCAGACCCAGUUCAUGCCUUCGUUGCGCAUCAUGGUGCACCUUGCUGGCACGCAGAUCGGCGUGAACAAGAACUCGGAAAUCCUGGGUAUCCAGGGCAAGAGGAGGACCGUCACCAAGAAGAUCACGCCAGGCAUCGGCACCGGAGGCCUGCAGUCGAAGCUGAAGUACCCGUGCUUCACAUACCAAGGCGUCGAGCCUGGUUUCGCCGAACACGACCUGGAUGAGUAUGACAAGGUCGCUGACGCCGUUGCGUGGAGCCGCUCUCUUGACACCGUCCGGCGAGGCUUCUCAGCCGAGCUGGACAUCGAAACCGCCUGGGAAGAGAAUGAGGAGCACAAAUUCCGCACGCCCAAUACCGAGAAACUUCUCAGCACCAUGUCCGACCGCCUCAAGCCGCACGUCACCUACACGCCGACCAUGACGGGCGGCAAGGGGAAAGAGGAUCUCGCCCGCUUCUACAACGAGUACUUCCUGCCGUCCAUCAGCCCCCGCGCGAACCCGCCCACCGGCCUGAAGACGCGCCUGAUCUCGCGCACCAUCGGCGUCGACCGCAUCGUCGACGAGCUGCUCGUCAGCUUCAAGCACGCGCAACCCAUGCCGUGGAUCCUGCCUGGCAUCCCGCCCACCAACUUGCCCGUUGAGAUCGUGCUGGUAAACAUCGUGGCCAUGCGCGGUGCAAAGAUCUACAGCGAGCACGUUUACUGGGACCAGGCGGCAGUGUUGGUGCAAGUGGGUUUGCUUGAUAUCGAGGAUGUGCCGGAACACUGGCGGAAGAAGGGCGUGAAAGAGCUGCCGGUUGUCGGAGAGGAAAGUGCGAGGAAGGUGUUGGAUGAGAACAGGGAACCGUGGAACGAGUUGAUUACGGAUUGGUAA